AUCUUUCUAAAUCGUCAAUAUUUCAAGUCCUUGUCACAUGAUUCUCGCAUGAUUUGUGUACAAUGGCGAUCAACACAUAUGUUUGUCAUGAAUAUUUAUCUUCCUGAAUGUAAUGACCAAUCGACAUUAUAUCAUAAUAUGCAGUCAUGUGCAACGAUUAUAUGGCUAAUAAUCCAUUUAAGCGGGUUAAUCAACACUUAUCCUUCGUGUUUGUCAUGGGAAAAGGAACACCAUCUCUUGAGAUUUAUUUGUAGAAUUGCAGAUGUUUCUAAGCCAGUGACGUUAUUUGAUACUCAUGGAAAAAAGUAUGCAGAUUUUUAUUUUAAUGACGAAUUUUACAACCGAAGGUCAAAACAUUUGAAUGUUAAUCAGGCCAAUAUAGAAGAAAUCAUCUUCACAGUAGACAUAUUACCAGAAACGAAUGUGGAUGGAAAAUGGAUGUGCUGUCAGGGAGAUGAGACAUAUCAAACAGAGGUUGCUGUUUCCAAAGGUAUUGUCAGUGCUACCAGUAUUCAAUUAGUUGGCAAAUUUAUUAACAAUUAUAAUAGCUCAAAAGUAAAACUGGUAUGUUUCUCAUGCCGAGAGCCAUACGGCAAUAAUGCAGAGUUUCUUAUUAACCAACAGUCUGUGGAUACCAUUACAUUCAGCAAAGACACUGGAACAUGCAUGCAUAUAAAAGGAAAUUGUCAUCCAAAUGAAUGUGUUUGCAGUAAUUCUGGAAACGAGUUUAUACGUAUAUUCCCCGUAAAUAAAAACGAGAAUGGAACUUUGUACACUUGUAGCAUGCAGUUUACAGACAAAGACAAAGGAUCUGUCUUCUUAAAACUAGCGUCUAUAUUUUUCAACGGAACAGAAUUUUUCAACAUGACAACAACUACAACAAUAAUCAAGGCUGCAGACGUUAACAAAGGAGAGACCAAAUCAGGAGAAGAUCUGGAUGCCUAUGACACUGUUGAAGAUGACAAUGAACAAUCCAUAUUAACGAUAAUCACUGUAAUUGUACUAUGUGGAUUGGCGACUAUUCUCAUUGCUGUGUUUUAUUAUUCAACAUCCAGAAAACGUGAAAAGAAAUAUGAUAAAGCAUGCAAAACAAAUGAAAUGCAAGAUGUACACCUAUUGAAACAAGCCCAGACACCAUCCACAGCCUGCACACCAGAUAUUGCUGAACAGCUUCCAGGAGUAGCUAUUAAUGUUAUAUUGAAGAUGAAUGAAAAAUUUGUGAUUGCUGGAUGUAUAGGUGAUGUGAACAAACAACACAAACUGAUUGUCAUGAAUACUAAAAAUAAACAACAUGUGUAUUAUGACCUUGGCGAUAAAAAACCGUACAAUAUAACAUUAUUGGAUGACGAUAUCGUUGCUCUGUCUUAUCCGGGUCAAACUAAGGCAGAUAUUAUGAACCUGAAAACGGGACGUCUGUGUAAAAUUAGGGAUAUUAUCAACAUUAGAUAGCAAAAAUAAAUUUUAUGGAUUACAUUUUAAAUUGGUAAAAUCGAGCGGAUGACUUCAGAUGGAUGUACUAUAAUACAUAUUGUAACUUUCUUACACAUAUCGUUCACCAAAAACCGUUAGUUACUCCCGUUUCCCCCAAGUUAUAAUUCUUAUAUCUCAAAACCGAGCGCACAAACUUAUAAGUGUUAUGCUUAAUAUUACUUCUUAAGCAAUGUAGUUUUUAAUAUAGCAAAAUUAUUUAGUAACUCAAAAGCAAAAUAUUUUAAAAGAUGUAAAAUGGGAUGAGGGUUACAGGUUCUGAUGCGUACAUCUUUCGGAGUGGAAUCUUUAAAUUAGUGUUGCGUUUUCAGUUAUCUUCCGACGCUUGUCACUAGAACACAUUAAUUUAAAGAUGAAUAUAUGAAGGAAAAAGAAACGAUAUCAAAGACAUAAACUAAUAAAGUAUACGUAAAUGCGUAGUUAAUUGAAUGUGUAUUACAUUUGUAAAUGUAUGUACAUUGUACUAGUAAUUCAAUUGAAUUUGAAUAUAACAAAAUGAUAUAUGUAGCAUGUAUUCCUCCAGCGAAAAAAAAGUAUUUAGAAAAAUCCCGACCUCCAAGGUAAAUUCAAAAAGGGGAAGUCCAUAAACCUGACAAAAUCAAAUGCUUGAAUAUAUCAGCCAACAGAACGAAUGGAAAACAACUGCCAACUUCAUGACGCUGUACGGGCAUUUACUGAAGAAAACGUCGGGUUGAAACUGGUUUUAUAGCUCGCUUAACCUACCACUUGUACGACAGUUGUUUAUAGUUCCAUUAUAUUGAUAAAAUUGGAUGAGCAACCACAACAGACAUAUUUGGUAAACGUGACCAUUACUAGUUGCCAGCAGCCAAACUGUAAACAUACAUAACACACAUACAUAACAACUGACUUAACAAAUUUAAACAAACAUAUUCAAAAUCUGACAAAGACGCCAACAACAAAAAAAUGUGUGGUUGAUAGUACAUACAGUAUAGUAAACUAUAAUCACAUAUAUAUAUAUCCUUUCCCAAUAAAGUACACAAGAGUAUAAAAGAUGAAAACAACAUUAUUAAAAGCGCAUGCGUCCGAAUCGAAUAUCGGGACACACCCGCAUCAGGAACGCCCAAAGCCAAACAAACCUGAAAGCUGGAUGUACAAAUACCGCGCCAUGUUUGAAUCUUACGACCAAAAGAUAAGUGAAAGUACAAAGACAAAUAAAGUGAAAAUUGUAAGGUUAAUAAAAUGAUACAAUACGCUAGCACAUAGAAUCUAUAACUCAAGACCAUCCUGUAUUUUUGUGGAGUAGGCAUUGAAUAUUGAUCUACUAGUAUAAGGUCUUAGAACUUUCCGAUGAACUUUUAUAGAAAAAGGACUAGAAAUUCUUAGACAAAAGUCUGGCUCAUUAUUUUUUUGCUCAGACACCGAUAUAAUCAAUUAACACGUAAACUGAAUUAGAAAAAAGGAACAGAAUUGUAAAAUGAACACUUAAUGGUGGUAAUAUAAAAAAAUAAUGUAUAUCGAAACAAUACUGCAUCCUCUAUUUAUAUGUACAUGGUUAAACAAGUAGACAUUUUUAACAGUGUGUGAUGUUAAUCUGAUAGAUAAUUCAUUUCAUUUUUCACUCAUUAUUCCAACAAAGGAACAAUUGCCCAUACAAUGGUAUUGCAUCAUUUUAGAAAAAUCAAAAACAAAAAACAAAAAACGAAAGUGUUUUCGUUUUUCAUUUUUAUUUCUCACAAACCAAAACGAAAAACAAACGUGUUUUCGUUUUUCGUUUUUCGAUUUCUCA